AUGGGUGUCGGACCUGACCACGACCAGGCGUCGCUCGCCUCUAUCGGCAAGGACCUUGAGAAGGUUGACAUUAUUGAACAGUAUCAGGUCAACAAGUACGCAAAUAUCGGUCUGUCGAACGAAGAUGCCGAGUUCUUCGAGGAAUUCGGUGCAGAUGGUACGAAGUACAGCAAGAUGCUGAGGAAGAUUGAUGUGCGGCUUGUGCCUGUCCUGGCGUUAUUAUACCUGGCCGCCCAUAUUGAUCGUGCCAACAUUGGAAAUGCUAAGAUCGAAGGCAUGACCACAGACCUAGGUCUCGGGGGUAUCGAGUACAACAUUGCCCUCUCCAUCUUCUUCAUCCCCUACAUCCUCCUCGAAGUCCCGUCAAACAUCAUCCUCAAGAAGUUCAAGCGACCAUCAACGUACCUUGGCAUACUCGUGGUCGCGUGGGGCAUCGUGAUGACCUUUACUGGCCUUGUGAAGAACUUCGCUGGACUUAUGGUCUGCAGAGUGUUGCUUGGUGUUGCUGAGGCUGGCUUCUUUCCUGGAGCAGUCUACUUGAUUACCAGAUGGUAUGCACAACGACAAGUACAGACUCGACUAGCUCUGUUUUACUGCGCCUCUGCACUCUCCGGUGCCUUCUCUGGCUUGCUCGCCUUCGCUAUCGCUAGGAUGAAGGGCGUUGGUGGUCGACCUGGCUGGGCGUGGAUUUUCAUUCUUGAGGGCAUUGCCACAGUCUUGAUUGGAGUGGCAUGCUUCUUCAUCAUGCCUGACACGCCAGCUCUCUCUGGCCGAUGGCUCAACGCCGAAGAACAACGCUACCUCCACAUCCAAACCAUCAUCAAAGAAGGUGGCGCUAAGAACAUGGAAAGCAGCGAGAAGUUCAAGUGGUCAUACCUCACCGACCUCCUCACCGACUACAAGGUCUACAUGCAAGCUUGGAUCCUCUUCACAGCAUCAGUCCUCGCAUACGGCCUCAAAUUCACCAUGCCCUCAAUAACAAAAUCCAUGGGCUACACCUCCAGCCAAGCCCAACUCAUGACCAUCCCGCCCUACGUCGCCGGCGCAAUCUCCGCAAUCGUCCUCUCCAAAUGGUCCGACCACGUCCAAUGGCGCGCCGUCUUCAUCUUCGGCCAAAUGUCCGUCGCCUUAGUAGGUUUCUGCAUCCUCCUCCCCCUCGCUCCCAACAUCGUCAACCAAAUCGGCCCCUGCUACUUAGCAGUCAUGCUCAUCUGUAUCGGCCAAUACCCCACGAACCCAGCCGGCAGCGCCUGGAUCUCAGGGAAUUUGGCCGGUGAUACGAAGCGGGCUAUGGGGAUUGCGCUGAAUAUCUGUCUGGGGAAUUCUGGCGGGAUUGUGGGGAGUUAUGUUUUCCUGGAUAAUGAGCAGCCGGGGUAUCCGACGGGUUUUGGGAUUGGGUUGGGGUUUGCGGCGGCUACGUUGGUUUGUGUUGUGGUGUUGGAGUUUUCGUAUUGGAGGAUUAAUAAGGCCCGGGCGGCGAUGGAUGAGGAUCAGAUUAGGCUGGAGUAUAAUGAGGAGCAGUUGGCGAGGAUGGGGGAUAAGAGUCCGUUGUUCCGGUACAAGUACUGA